CGGCGGUCUACGAGGGUUCCGGCUCAAGCUCCGCCUCAAGCUCUGCGUGCGUUCAUUUUCUCCUGCCUUGGGAACCUCCGCGAAGGUGAACGUUGAGCUAGCGUGGUGUCUUGCUCUGCCUACGCAAGUGCUUGUCAGCGGUUCCGCAUCGCGCCCUUCCGUAUCGAGUCAGAGAGCUUCGCGCCCUGAUCCUGACAGUGCUCCCACUUAUGAUAUUGAGUUCCCUGCUCCGCGGGAAUUGGUGACGUGCAGCGCAGAUGAUGUGCGCGAUACUUGGGUGCCUAUCUGUUUCAUUGUUGGUGCUUGGAGGGGGCUGCGAGUGGCGAGAAUCUCCAGGACGUCCUCCACCCAGAGAGCGGGUUUGCGGGUUAUGCUGGUCUGAGUGAGUCUCUUGGGACGCCGUUGGAGGGUUUUCUCCAUAUGGGUGCUGAGAAUAAGUUCAAGUGUAUCCACAGGGCCAGCAAGUCCGAGGUGGGUUCCAUUCUUGCGGCGCCCCCAGAGGCCCAACGGCACCCACUGUAUGUUGACUUGGGAUGUGCGAAGUUCUUCGACCCUUUCACAGUGGUCGUGCGCACGUAUGUCGCUAUGGGGUACGUCAUUUGCGGUGCGAAGUUACUACAUAUGCGACUCGCCGACGUCCUUCCCCUGCUCGGCAUGCUGCACAGUGCUGUCUCAGUCGAGGAGGCGGUGCGGAAUCCGCAAAUGUCCAGUGCGAGAUUUGAAGAACUGGAGUGGUCGUACGUGGACCUGUGCCAUAUGUCUGCACCAUCGGAGCUCAUGGAUUUUGACUCGCAUCCGUACGGCUGGACUUAGGACGAGAUGUGUGCCUUUUAUCCUGCGCCACAUGAGUUCCGAUCGUUGAAACGUUGCCAGACCUUCAAAGGAGGUUCACUGUGUAGGUGUGCCGCCUGAACGCUUUGUGCGUUGCUCGUUCGCUGCGUUCGCUGCUUCGGGACUCGUUCUCCUCCAGCUGUUGUACAGCUGGUGCACAGGAGCGCAAACAAACAAUCCAACCUGGAAUUUGCUGAGUGAUGGGUGCCUGCAGAGGCGCUGGCCUCGAUGCCUCCGAUUGCGCAGCCUUCUGUUCCUGUGUGUUCGCAAGUUUUUUCGGACACGCGUGGUGUUGAUGCAGACGAGCUGGCGCAGGAAGCAACCGCGGCAGCUGAGGCUCCCGUGGCCUGCUACCUGGCGCGGCAUCGGGGCCUACUUCAUGUGUGUUCACGAGUUUUUUUCGGACACGUGGUGUUGAUGCAGAGCAGCUGGCAGAGGGCGCCACCCUGGUAAGCGUGGCCCGGCGCGGCAUCGGAACUUACCGCUGGUGGAGGAGGGCGUGGGGGAUGAGAGAGGGCAGUUGACAUCUCUGGAUGCUCCGUCUCACCGUGCGCCGUGGCCAUGGGGUCGUUCAGCCGACGCCAGAAAUUGCUGAGUAAUAAGUGCGCGCAGAGGCGUUGGCCUCGAUGCAUCCGAUUGCGCAGCCAUCUGUUCGUGUGCGUUCGCGAGUUUCUUCGGUCACGCGUGGUGUUGAUGCAGGCGAGCUGGUGCAGGAAUUAACCGCGGCAGCUGCGGCUCCCGUGGCCUGCCGAGGAAUACCCUGCGCGGCGUCGCGACCUACCGCGGGGGGGGG